AGUCGCACUGCUAAAUAAGCCUGAGCGAAGACAAAAAAAAAGUAGUUUCUCUUAUUUCUUUUCAGGCCCUCAACACGCUGGAGAGAGGGAAUAAAGAAGUUAACUCUUUAAACGACAGAGAUAAGCUAUUGCGUGCAACCACAGCGUUCCCGUCCAUCAAAUAACUAGGCAGCUUGGACUGACUGGGAGAACACUCCCAGCCCCUCCGCUGAGUGAUAGUGCGGUUCUCUCCAAACACUGCACAUCCAAGGGACGCGAUAAAGGGCUGCUCUCUGCACCACGGUCGCUGUUUUGCGUGCAACAAUAUGAAUAAGCUAUAUAUCGGCAACGUAAGUGAGCAAGCGAGCGCGCUAGACUUGGAAACUAUCUUUGAACAGUGGAAGAUACCUUUCAGUGCACCCUUUCUACUUAAAACUGGCUACGCGUUCGUGGAUUGCCCCGACGACAAGAUAGCAAUGAAGGCCAUCGACACUCUUUCAGGAAAAGUAGAACUUCACGGAAAACUUCUAGUGGUGGAGCAUUCAGUACCCAAACGACAGAGGAGCUGUAAACUGCAGAUCAGGAAUAUACCACCUCACAUGCAGUGGGAGGUCUUGGAUGGGUUAUUGGCUCAGUAUGGCACAGUGGAGAGUUGUGAACAAGUCAACACGGACACAGAGACAGCUGUAGUCAAUGUGCGAUAUGCCAGCAAGGAGCAAGCCCGACAAGCAGUGGAGAAGCUCAACGGCUUCCUGAUGGAGACCUAUACACUGAAAGUGGCCUUCAUCCCCGAUGAGGAAGCCAGCACGGAGACCACAAUAGGGGGCGGGAGGAGAGGCGGUGCUUUGCGAGUUCCUCCCCAGCAGGGUUCACCCUCUUUGGGUGCCAGGCCCAAGCUGCAGUCAGACAUACCUCUUCGCAUACUUGUUCCCACCCAGUUUGUGGGUGCCAUCAUAGGCAAAGAGGGUGCCACCAUCCGUAACAUUACCAAACAGACACACUCAAAAAUUGACAUCCAUCGUAAGGAGAACGCUGGUGCUGCAGAGAAGCCCAUUACUGUCCACUCCACUCCAGAGGGGUGCAGCUCUGCCUGCCGCAGCAUUAUGGAUAUCAUGCAGAAAGAGGCCCUCGACACAAAGAUCACUGAGGAAAUUCCUCUGAAGAUUUUGGCUCAUAAUAACUUUGUCGGGCGCCUGAUUGGAAAAGAGGGACGCAACUUGAAGAAGAUCGAACAAGACACUGGCACUAAGAUCACCAUCUCACCUCUGCAGGACCUCACUCUGUAUAACCCAGAGCGCACAAUCACAGUGAAGGGUUCUGUGGAGGCCUGUGCACGAGCAGAAGAAGAGGUCAUGAAGAAACUCAGAGAGUCCUACGAGAAUGAUGUGGCUGCCAUGAAUUUGCAGUCUAACCUGAUUCCUGGCCUCAACCUGAAUGCACUGGGGCUUUUCCCCAGCAGGACAGGAGGAGGUGUGUCCACCUCUAUGGUGCCUGGACCCCUCACUGGAGGACAAACUGCAUACACAUCAUAUGGGUGCAGCGUGUUUGGGAGUGGGGUGCCAUUCUGGGCCUCUGCACUGUCUUCCAGCAGUAGCACAGCCCUCUCUCAGCCGGAGUCGGAGACAGUCAACCUGUUCAUUCCUUCCCUGGCCGUGGGUGCCAUCAUAGGGAAACAGGGGCAGCACAUAAAGCAGCUCAGCCAAUUCGCUGGCGCAUCCAUCAAAAUUGCCCCAGCUGAUGGAGUGGAUGCCAAGCAGAGGAUGGUUGUCAUUUCAGGCCCACCUGAGGCACAGUUCAAGGCUCAGGGACGUAUCUUUGGGAAACUGAAGGAAGAGAACUUCUUUGGGCCAAAGGAAGAAGUCAAACUAGAGGCUCACAUCAAAGUGCCGUCGUUUGCUGCUGGCAGGGUCAUUGGCAAGGGAGGAAAAACGGUGAAUGAAUUGCAGAAUCUCACCAGUGCAGAGGUGGUUGUCCCACGCGAUCAGACACCUGAUGAAAAUGACCAAGUGGUGGUGAAGAUCACUGGUCACUUCUAUGCAAGCCAGCUGGCUCAACGAAAGAUUCAGGAAAUCCUUUCUCAGGUGAGGCGGCAGCAGGAGCUCAAGGCUCCGCCCAUGUGCAUCCCAGUGCCCCGGAGGAAAUAGCCAUCACAUGAUCACAGAGAGGAGCAGAGUGAGGCCCCUCAGGGGUCGUGGUUUGCACCCAACCACCCCACCUAGUUGUACACCCCUCACCCUCUGCCAUUUCUGUGAGAAUGUAUUCAACCGCAUGUUUUCUGUUUCUCUUGUGAACCUGAGAAGAAAAGAAGACUAUGAAAAAUGGUCUCCUUCACUGCCCUAGUGUGGUAACUGCACAAUACUACACUUAUAUAUUUUUGUUUUUUAUUUAAUUGUUUUUGUUGAUUUUGUUUUCUGGUUUUCCAUGUAAAAGGCAUUGCUCUCCUAUCCUGGCUAGUGGUGGGUGGGGCUAGGGGUGGGAUCUAAAGGCUCUGGGUUUUUGAUGGGACUGAAUGUGGGAGGCUUAGAAAUAUUUUGUCCCAGUAUUGAUAGUGACAUUUUAUAAAUUCGGAUGUGUUUUAUAAAGAAAAUUAUAUAUAUUCAAGGUUAUGAAAGGAGGUGGAGCAACACUGCCACAUAUGACCGAGGGAAGUGUUGAUUGGUGUUUGCCAGGAAACAAAGUUAAUAUGCAUAUUUUACUGAUCUACCUCAGGCUAGAGUACCUCAGAAUAAGAAGAGAAUUAUAUAUAUGAAAACUGUUUUCUUCUUUUUUUUAAUUUAAUUUUUUUUUAUUUUGCUUUGUGGUAUUUUGUAUACUUUAUAAAGCUAAUAGUUCUUGACAUUUUUUUAUUUUUUUAAGAAAAUGUAAAAUAUUGUCUGUUUCCAACUUGUGAAUCCUUAACCUCCACUUUAGUGUUACGCUGUAGACAAUGAAUAACCGUACAUAAACUGUCUGCAUGUCUGGGUUUGAGUGAGGGUUAGGUCCUCGCUGUUGGCAACAGGUGGGAGAAUUAAAAAAAAAAAAGCCUUGGUGUUUCUGAGGAGCCACUAUCCUCAGAAAACAUUAAAAA